AUGAAAUACUUCAUUGCUGUCCUCGCCCUCGCGGCCGUCGCCCUCGCCCAGCAGGAGAAUCAAGCUGCCAUCCUUCGCCAGGCCCAAGACAGCUCCCCUGAAGGCGCGUACUCUUACAGCUUUGAGACGGAGAACGGAAUCAGUGCGUCCGAGUCAGGCGCGCCCAAAGCAGUAGGUGACGAAGGCUUAGCCGUCGCUUCUCAAGGUUCCUUCGAAUACACCGCUCCCGAUGGCACCCCCAUCAAGCUGAGAUACGUUGCCGACGAGAACGGAUUCCAGCCCCAGGGUGACCAUCUUCCCGUCGCUCACGAAAUACCCGUCGCCAUCCAGAGGGCCAUCGAGUACAUUCGCGCUCACCCUAUCCCCGAGAACCAGAACUAA